AUAAUAAAAUUUUGUAAACAACGCGAACCGACUCUGUUAAAAUGGUGAAAAACGAGCCCAAUUUCGUAGUGGAGCGCAUCGUGGACAAGCGAAUAACGAGCGAUGGCAAGGUAGAGUAUUUCAUCAAAUGGCGCGGCUAUCCAUCGACGGACAACACAUGGGAGCCCGAGGAAAACUGCGAUUGUCCUGCCCUCAUACAAAGGUUCGAGGAGUCGCGUGCCAAGUCGAAGAAACGCGGCGAAAAGAAGCCAAAGUGCGAGGAAAUCCAAAAGGCGCGCGGCUACGAGCGCGGCCUCGACCUGGCCGAGAUCAUGGGCACCACUGAUGUCAGCGGCGAUAUCAAGUAUUUGGUCCGUUGGCAAUUCUGCGACGAAUUCGAUUUGGUGUCCAGCAGCGAAGUGUCGGAGAAGGAUCCCCAGAUGCUCAUUGAGUACUACCAAAAGAUGGCCCCCUACGCCAAUAACAUUGCCAAGCGGAUGAAGGGCGUGCCAGAGGAGCUCCGAAUGGUGGCUGCCCGCACGGGCUACGCCGUCGCCAGUUGUUCGUCCAUUGAGGCCCCGCCAGAGCCAGCAGCCGCACCCAGUGGCAUCAUCAUGGAGAGCCAACACAUCCCCGAUCAUGUGCCCAUGGAAAUGGCCGAAGAUGCCGAUCUAGGCCACGUUUCCUACUCCAUUCCGGUUCCUGGCGUUGGCAACAUAGCCAUUGAUGUACCCAUGACUGAGGGCCAAUAAAGCCAAUGAUUCAACAGUUUGACAUUUA